AUGAAUGCAUCCGUCUUGUCCAACAUGUCUUCGAAUAUCAGUGAUGGAAAUGAUGAUGAUCUUGUCCAACAAGCUACAGAUAGAAUCAGCGAAUAUGUGCCGACUACUGAUAGCAACUGGCCUUUGCAGUCCAACCUGAUGUCGACGCUAGGCGCGUUCAUUGAAUUUCUCCCUCAGUCAGGCAAAGUGUUAAUCGCCAAAGAUGUUGUUCAAGCCAGAACAGACAAAGAUCUAUACGCUGUUUACAAUAAUCUUGUGACCGGGCUGUUAUGCCUGAUGAAAGCCAGCAGGGGGUUGUCAGUCGCAGUCUCCCCCCAUCCUAAGCGGCGUGCGAAUGCAGAGCUUGUCAGCCCCCAAAGUCGAACCGAUGCCUUCCGAAACAACUGCUUACAACGAGACAAUCAUCAUUGUGUCGUCAGUAAUGCACUAGAUAUCACCUCCCAUAUCGAUAAUAACCAGCAUGAAGACACCGCCCGCCUUGAAGCUGCUCAUAUAAUACCAUUUUCAUAUGGAUCCUGGAAUUCGAGAGUGGAAUCAGACAAUACUGUCGCAGAUACUUGGGAGAUGUUAUACCGUUGUUUUCCGAGUCUUCGACGAGUCGGGUUCAGCGUUGAUUCAAUGAAUGAUAUUUCCAACGGCAUCACUUUAGACCGAAGCAUACAUUACGAGUUCGGGUCAUUUAAUGUGGCUUUUAUUCAGACGGAUUCCCCCAACCAGUACACAGUUAAAUCAUACCCUGGAUGUCCAUCCAACGUAUCGAAGCUCGUCCCGAAACAUCCUAUCCAAUUUCGAGAUGCAGAUAGGACGGAAGAUCUUCCUCCUCCAAAACCUGAAUUGCUGGAUUGCCACUAUCGUUUGGCAGAGAUUCUGCAUGCCUCUGGCAUGGGACCUUGUUUAGAACGGAUGUUACAUGACCUAGACGACAUGAAGGAGGCUUCUGGAUAUAUGUCGGAAAGUGGCUCAACCGACUUUUCAACAUUUUUGAGAAUCCGCUUAUGGGAAGCGGGUAUCUAUGCCCACGGAUAA